AUGUUUGUCGACUUAUGGUUAAAUUUCUGUUGUGCCAGACGGCCAAAACAGGAAGACUAAGAUCAGCCGAUAAGCAUCAAGGAGGAUUCCAAUAAACCAAUACUCGAUACAGGGUAGGCAUAUGCACCAUCUCCUCUUGAACAGAAAGCUCUGCAAUCAACAUCGUAAGAGUUACGGCAGAAGUUACAGGAAGCGUAGGAGAAGAGACAGCAAUCAUAGUAAGCAUAAUAGCAGAACAACUUCUAGAGUAUGAUAAAUAAAGGAGCAGUAAAAACAUCAAUUGAAAUGGAAGUGGAACCUGUUGAAGGGUUUCUCUAAUUAUCUGAUAAUAAAUCCAAUAAAAUGGCUAGUUGGGAAGCAUUAGAACAAUCAAGAUAAAAUGAUCUUAUAAAUUAAUUAGCUUAGUUCACAAUCUUGGCAAAGUCAAUUUGCUCCAAAAAUAUUCCUUAUUAAGGUAAUAAUUCAGGCAGUCAACCAACGUCUGAUUAGCAGAUCAUGUCUGAACAAAACCAAUAGUAAAAUAAUCUAGCUUAAACUACAUAAUUGGAAGUGAUAGAAGAGUACCCAAAAAAAAAUUAAAUGACAAGAUCAUCAAGCCAAAUAUCACUAGAAACAGGAAAAAUAGAGAAAAAACGAAUCCAAAAAGAAAAAAAGCUGUCAAAGGAUAAUACUAGUAAGGAUGGCAUUUAAAAAAAAGAAGUCAACAAUGCUAAACUUUGGGAUAAGAAGGAGGAUGCAAUUUUAAAAAAGGCUUACAUUAGAUUUAAUGGAAAUUGGAGAAGCAUAGCAGAAUAAUUGCCAGGAAGAAAUAUGAAUUAGUGUUCAUAAAGAUGGAGAAGGUUGAAUCCUUAAGAAAAUAAUAAGAAGAAGAAAUGGGAAUUUGAGGAUGAUUAAAAAAUUAUCUAACUUGUUUAAAAAUUCGAUAAAAAUUGGUCAGAAAUAGCCAAACACUUCCCAGAUAAAAGUGGAAAACAAAUAAGGGAAAGGUAUAUAAAUAAAUUAGAUCCAUCGAUCAAUAUGAGUUCUUGGACUAAAGAAGAAGAUAAUAUUAUUUUGAAUUUUUACAAAGAAAAUGGACCUAAGUGGUGUAUGAUCUCAAAAUAAUUGAAAGGAAGACCAGAAAAUUUUGUAAAAAAUAGAUUUUAUUCUUAUAUAAGAAGAGUUUUAUUGGGUCAGUAGAACCCAUAUUCAGUGGUUUUAAAUAAUAGUGGCCAAGAAAUUACAUCGUCCCAGGAUAGUGAAUCCAUUAAAUAAAGUUUAUCAAUGGACUAAAGUCCUUCAAUCACUAAUUCAUCCUUCUUAGAAUCUUUACUUGAUGACUUCAUGAUGAAUUAUGAUGAACCAAGUGAUUAAGAGGAUCAGUUUAAAAUUUGA